GACAUCUAAUCGUCGACGAAACACAAGUUCUUCUGUACAAGCAGCUGAAAACUUUCCAACCGAAACAUCAGCACGGGUAAAAUAUUUUAUCUUAAUUUAUUUAAAUAUAGUUUUUUAUAAUUACGUGAAUAUAUAAUAAUUUGUUCUAAAAAAUAUUGUAGAAUGGAGCCAAUUUCAAAUGGACUCCUAGCAGUCUUUUUAGAUUACUUGAGUUAUAUGAUCAAGCAGCUGCGAUGAAUAAUUAUCGUAUAGAAGAUCCCACUCCUUUUGCAAAACAGUUUAUGGUUGAAAAGUUUAACCAGGAGUUCGAUUUAGAAAUAAAUUAUAAGUUUUUCAAAGAAAAACUUGAUAAUAUGAAAAAAAAAAUACAAGAAGUAUCGAGAGCUUAUGGGAUCAACUGGUAUCACGGUUGAUCCUAUUACAUCCGUGAUUAAUGCAUCUGAGUCAUGGUGGAAAGAUCGUGAAGUAUGUAAGAUUGUACAUGCAUUUAGACGAAAGCCGCCACAAGGGUGGGAAAUCAUGGAACGUUGCUUCCAAUUAUAUAAUGUUCAAUCCCAAGCUCAAUACUCUGUCAACCAAAGAAGAGAAGAAAUGAUGAAUGAAGGCACAACUAAUAAUGAAGAUCGGCUGUACCGAGAAACAUACGAUGGUGAAAUGUCUGAUAGUCAAGAUGCAGAGAUACAAGAAAAUGAAGAAGUGUAUCGCGUUAACAUUACCGAUGAAACGCGUCCUUCAAAUGAGUUUAUUCAGGCACAUAGGCGUCAUAGUUCUGUGACGGUUGAUCCGAUUCAAAUUCCUAGUUCCAGAGUUCAACAACGAGGACAAGGAAGACGAGGAAGUAUGUUACAAAGAUCUGCAAGAAAUUCUGGAGUCGUACAUGGGAGUGGUUCACGAGGAAGUAAAAAGAAGCAGUCAUUUGAGACCACCCUAACCGAUACAAUGACCGGAUUUAGGGAGUUCCAACGUCAAAGUUUACAACAAUUACGCCCAAAUUCAUUCGACCAAGAUGAUUACGACGGCUUUGAUGAGGCUGCAAAGAUAUUGGAAUCAAUGGAGCUUCCAAGUGAUACAAAAUUUUAUUGGGCGUGCGUUGACGAAUUAGGAGGAGACCCAUUCUAUCGUAAGUAUUUCAUUGAUAGAGCUGAAAAACCUUUUGAAGAAAAGAUAAAUUUCUUACAAGCUUUAACUGGAUAUACACGUUAUGAUGAGUUUGUGGGAAAGCGGUUAACGUCGAGAAGAAAUUUUGGGAGUCCAAGUGCAAGUGGUUUUCAUUCAGGUAGUCCAUCUUCUGGUGGUAAUAAUUCAUGGGGGCAGACUUCAAAUGUCCAAUGGGGUCAACAACCACGUCCUCAACAAUGGGGUACACCACCAAGUGCUCAGCAAUGGGGUACACCACCAAAUGCUCAGCAAUGGGGUCAACAACCACGUCCUCAACAAUGGGGUACACCACCAAGUGUACAACAAUGGGAAACACAACCAAAUAGUCACCAGUGGGGUACAUCACCAAAUGUUUCACAAUGGGGAGCGUAUCAAAAUACACAACAAUUGAAUUCACCUACACAGUGGGGUUCAUCAUCAAAUGAUCAACAAUGGGGAUCAUCAUCAAAUAUUUCACAAUGGCCUCCUCAAACAAAUGUUCAGCAUGGAUUCUCAUUAGAAACUCAAACUGAAACUCAAACUGAAACCACAACACCAAGGCCAAUACCACGAACACGUAAAUCUGGAGGAUUAUUCAACAUUUGGGGAACCCAUCAGGGGCCAAAUUUAAAUGAAACUCACCAAAAUGAUUCUGACGAUGAAGCAUAA